UGGGGAGGGAGGGAGGGAGAGAAAGAGAAGGCCGCCAUUGGGGAGCGUCACUUCCAGCCUGGGCGGAAAUGUGAUGUGGCUAUGAAGUGUGUGCACGAUGUCGGCAAUUUUCAACUUUCAGAGUCUGCUGACGGUGAUUCUUCUCCUAAUUUGUACCUGUGCUUACAUCAGGGCCUUAACUCCCAGUGUUCUGGACAAGAACAAAACUGGAAUUCUGGGGAUAUUUUGGAAGUGUGCCAGAAUAGGUGAACGAAAAAGCCAGUAUGUGGCUAUAUGUUGCAUUGUGAUGGCAUUCAGUAUUCUGUUUGUUCGGUAACAGUCAGCUUGAAAGAACAGCACUAUGGAUAAAAGACAUUGGUUAAAUAUAAGAAUUUCCUUUUUAAGUAUGAAAUAAUCCACGAAUGCCUCAACCUCCCAAAUCAAUAUUGUGCAUCUUUCUUCACAAGCUUUUCUUAGUGACGUCAAUUUCAACUUUGCUAUUGGACCAAGGACUGAGAUGUUUGGGAUGGGGCCCCCACUCUGGCUAUAUUUUCUGAUUGGACUAAACCAACCACCCUGCCUGCACCCGGAGAGCUAGAGUUGCUAUGAAAAUCAUCUGAUUGUUGGUUAUUAUUGUGUGUAACUGUCUAAAUAUUGUCAAUAAAAUUCUUCAAAUUGA